ACAAGGUCCCGAAGAUGCUGCGCAGAGCUCUGGCACAGCUGUCGCUGAACAGCAUGAAAUCGGCGGAUCUCUGCAUAGGGAGGCCGGCCCUGCUCACCUCCGCUGAGGGGCGGCAGGAGGUCUGUAUUGCCUGGCCCACCACAGGCUUCCCAGGGGGGAGAAUUGGGCUGGGUGAAACCACACAGAAGAACCUGAAAGUAAAUCCAGGUGAUGCUGUCACUGUGCAGCCUGUGACUGGUGCAGUCAUCCAGGCAGAGGAAGUUGAUGUAAAGUUGAGGGACAAAGAUGCCACCGUGAAUGCUGAGGAAAUGUCUGUCUGUCUACUGAGAAACCUUGAUGGGAAAAUAGUCCUGCCAGGAAACCUCUUGGCUUUCACUUACUACGGCAAGCUUUGCAACAUCGUGGUGAUGAAAGUGAAGGGGACUGACGGUGCUGAGCUGAUUGCCCAGGGCAGUGCCAUUCCCGGCGACUGCAGUGAGCCAGACCUUGAGAGAUCAGAUUUGGAGAGCAGUGCCUUAGACCUGUCCUUACAGCUCGGCAGGAUGGACAUUGGUGACAGCCCAGAGGUUGCCUCCACGAGCACCCCGAGCAAAGCCGUGGAUCCAGGCUCACCAGCCACACCCUGCACUCCCGACUCCGGGCACAGAGACAAAACCUUCAGCGCGGGAGAUGGUGCAGACCUCACCCAAGAUCUGGAGCUGGCUGGGGAGCGCAGCACUGAGGGACUCUCACUAACUGGCAGAAUCGGAGCAAUGAGCAAUACAGAUUGUUUUUACUUCAUUUCUUCAAGAACUAAAAUCAAUUUUAUUGAACCAAGGACCGCUGUAGCAGAGGAUGGCGACUGUGAGUCCCGGGUCACCUAUGACAUGAUAGGAGGCUUAAGCAGUCAGCUCAGAACUAUUAGAGAAACUGUUGAACUUCCCUUGAAGCAACCUGAACUGUUCAAGAGUUACGGGAUCCCUCCUCCUAGGGGAGUGCUGCUCUAUGGCCCUCCAGGAACUGGGAAGACCAUGAUUGCCAAGGCCAUCGCAAACGAGGUUGGCGCUCACGUUACCGUCAUUAACGGCCCUGAAAUCAUAAGCAAGUUUUAUGGUGAGUCUGAGUCAAGGUUACGUCAGAUAUUCGCUGAGGCUUCUCUCUGUCGCCCCUCAAUUAUAUUUAUAGAUGAGUUGGAUGCACUCUGUCCAAAGAGAGAAGGGGUUCAGAAUGAAGUGGAAAAGAGAGUUGUUGCUUCACUCCUGACAUUAAUGGAUGGCAUUGGCUCAGAAGGCAGUGAAGGGCAGCUGUUGGUCCUUGGGGCAACCAAUCGCCCUCAUGCCCUGGAUGCAGCACUGCGCAGGCCAGGGCGUUUCGAUAAGGAAAUAGAAAUUGGAAUUCCCAAUGCCCAGGACCGUCUGGACAUACUCCAGAAGCUUCUCAAGAAGGUUCCCCAUUCACUCACAGCAGAGCAGUUGGCCCAUCUGGCUGAUAGUGCACAUGGUUAUGUGGGUGCAGACUUGGCAGCCUUGUGCAAGGAAGCAGGUUUGUACGCCCUGCGGAGAGUGCUGGGGAAGAGGCCCGGCCUGUGGGACACUGCGGCGGCUGGGUCAGUGAUGAUUGCUUUCAAUGACUUCCUGCAGGGGAUGAAUGAUGUCAGGCCCAGCGCCAUGAGGGAGGUGGCAAUUGACGUGCCAAAAGUAUCUUGGUCAGACAUAGGGGGACUAGAAGAUGUCAAGCUGAAGUUGAAACAGGCAGUUGAAUGGCCUCUCAAACAUCCAGAGUCCUUCAUCCGAAUGGGGAUCCAGCCUCCCAAAGGUGUCCUGCUUUAUGGACCUCCUGGGUGCUCAAAAACCAUGAUAGCAAAAGCUUUGGCUCAUGAAAGUGGCCUCAACUUCUUGGCAGUGAAGGGGCCUGAGUUGAUGAAUAAAUACGUUGGUGAGUCUGAGCGAGCAGUGAGAGAGAUCUUCAGGAAAGCCAGAGCAGUGUCUCCUUCAAUUCUUUUCUUUGAUGAAAUAGAUGCCUUGGCAGUUGAAAGGGGAAACUCUUCAGGUGCUGGGAAUGUAGCAGACCGUGUCUUGGCUCAGUUGCUGACGGAAAUGGAUGGGAUAGAACAGCUGAAGGACGUGACAAUUCUGGCAGCUACAAACAGACCGGACAUGAUAGACAAGGCCUUGCUGAGGCCGGGGCGAAUAGACAGAAUUAUCUACGUGCCACUGCCAGAUGCAGCCACUCGCAAGGAAAUCUUCCAGCUUCAUUUCCAGUCCAUGCCAGUCAGUGAUGAAGUCUGCUUGGCCGAGCUCGUGGAGCGCACACAGAAGUACUCGGGAGCAGAGAUAACAGCAGUCUGCAGGGAAGCAGCCCUCCUAGCUCUUCAGGAAGACAUCCAUGCCAAAUCUAUCACGGGCCGGCACUUCCGGAGCGCACUGACGGUCGUGAGCCCGAGGAUUCCUGACUCGUUAAUCCAGUUUUAUGCAGAUUACCAGCAGCAAAGUGGACUGCACGCGCUCUGAAAGGCAAAUUAAUACAUACCCCAUUCACUGUGUGAAUGGCAGAUUUCCUUUGUGAAGCUGUCAGAAGCCAAAGAGUUUUGUACUGUGAGCGAGUGGAGUGUCUGGAGUUAACUGAAUGCAGAAUUGCCGCAAUAAAAGUCCCUGUGGAAGUUGUGAGUGUCAUAGACAUUGUCCUCAAAUUUAGAUUUUACCAUUUCAGUGGUAUAACCUGCCUUUUAGAGGAGGUAGUCUGGUUUAAGAUAUUUCCAGUUUAAGUCAGUUUAUCUCAGUUGUAUAUCCAUGUAUCCAAAAAAAAAAAAAAAAUAUCAAAUUCUGAAUUUUGGUGGAUUCUUGGCCCUUAAGAGAGAAGCAACAAAUGCUAUUACUGCCUUCAUUUGUUCCUGCCUCAACCACAGUUUAAUCCCAGGGACCAUCCCAGUGAAUGGCCUCAUUACAAAAAAUGCUUAAAAUUACUGUGAAUUUUUUGAUUUAUGAUCUCCAGCAAAGCUGCUGAACAGGCUUUCUGAGAUAAAGCUGAGGCAUCCUGAUUGCUUACAGCCAAACAUUUAUCUUUGGUCUUUACCAACUCACUUUUAGACAUGUUGGCAGGUAGGCACCUUAAAAAACUGUCCAGCCCUUCGCUAACCUGAAGCCAUUGCCAGGUGUCAGCAAAAGAUU